UGCAAGCUAGUGAAGCAAUUUAUUUAUGGUUUAUUUAUUGUCCCUGAAAUGUAGGCUGGCAAAUCCAGAGCAGAGUAUGGCGUUCUUAUUGGAAGAAGCUGUCCGCAUCAAAGAUGACAUUAUUGCCAGCCUGCGUACCACACAGACAUCUGUGCAGACACAGGCCUUUUCACACAGACUGCUGGAGAAUCAUGUACAGACCAUCACUCACAUCGUUAGGCAGCUCAGCAAGAACAUUGAGAUGCUGGAGAGCCAGAUCAUCCUGAGGGACCACAUAUCCUCUGGGAGCAGUUUUGCUCUACAAAGCUUGGAUCAGAAGAAUCUGAUGGGCAUUGGAGACCUCAGGGGGAGAAUGGCCAGGUGUGAUGCCAGCAUUGCCAAACUCUCUGGGGAUAUCAGUGCAACUGAAAGGGAAAUUUAUAAACUCCAGCAGCAGAUUACAAAGCUCCAAACCAGCCAGGCACUACAACUUCGGGAGACUGAGCUAAAGUGGUUGCAGAGUGUGGGAAAGUUGGACACUGCCAUGGUAGAACACAAAAGCAGCCUGAAGAUUGCGCAGGGAAAUCUGUACAGAGACAUGCAGCUCCUGGAGAUCAAGACCUCCGAUAGUCUGAAGAGGUUGAGUGAUGACAGCAGCCAGGUGAAGCAGUGGACUGAGCAGCAGCUGCGUCUCUUGGCAGACAUGCAGACACAGUCCAGUGGGCAGCAACAUUCUCUGCUGUGCAACAGGAUGGAUCUGAUUGAGAAGAAGUUCCAAGAAUGUGUUGGCCCCUUGUUGGUGAAAGCUGAGAGAGCAAAGGGGCACACGGAGCAGGAAGGCAAGGCUGCCGCGCUGAGGCACCUCGAGGACAAGCUUGAUGCCUUGGAGAGGAGUAUCUGGGGAGAGCUGGCGCUGAUCAAAAAGGAGUACCAUUCAGGCUUUCAACUGAUCUACGAUGCGAUCGAAUCCUUAAGCCAAAUCUCUGAUGCCAAGGCUCAGCUGGAUCGACAGAAGCUUGAGAACGACAUCAAGCAUAUCCGCCGUAAGAUCGUGGAGCUGAAAACCACAUGAAUAUGCACAGGUGCAUGCAAAGUAACAUUACAGAUUUUUUUCUUAAAUUUCAUUGUAGGUAAAAAAUUAUUUUAACAACGUUAUCUACUUACAAAUAAUUCAUGUAUGUCUAUCCCCUCUGACUGGUCUAAACCUAUGUGCUAAUGAAAGUGUUUCUGAACUUUCUAUGCA